AUGAAGGCUGUGCGAUUCCACGGAGAGCGUGACCUGAGAUAUGAAGACAUCCCCGUACCACAGGUCGGGAAGGGCCAGGUCAAGCUUCGGCCAUCUUGGGUGGGAAUUUGUGGAAGUGAUCUGCACGAGUAUCUCGGAGGACCGAAUCUCUGUCCCACGACCCCUCACCCCAUCACUGGAGAGACAGUGCCCUUGACCUUCGGCCACGAAUUCAGCGGUGUUGUCGAAGAGGUUGGUGAGGGCGUGACAGAUUAUAAACCCGGCGAUCGAGUAGUUGUACAGCCCAUCAUUUACGACGGUACAUGCGGUGCAUGCAAAGAGGGUCUUCAUAACUGCUGCUGGAGUAAUGGAUUUGUAGGCUUGAGCGGUUGGGGCGGAGGCUUGGCCGAGCACAUUGUCGUGCCAACUUCGACGUUAUAUCAUCUUCCGGAUAAUGUUCCUCUUGAGAUUGGAGCGCUUGUUGAGCCUCUCGCGGUCGGAUGGCAUGCUGUCAAGAUUAGCCCGUUCAAGAAGGGAGAUGCUGUACUGAUCCUCGGAGGCGGCCCCAUUGGCAUAUCGGUUAUACUUGCGCUCAAAGCUAGAGGUGCCGAUAAGAUCAUAGUUUCUGAGAUCAGUCGACGAAGGCAGGAGUUCGCAAAGAAGUUUGGGGCCCACUAUGUCAUUGAUCCCACCACAGAAGAUGUCGUUAAGCGAUGCCGGGAGCUGUGCGAUGGCCAAGGCGUGCAUGUAGUCUACGAUUGUGCUGGUGUGCAGGCUGGGUUGGAUCAAGGCGUCCAUGCUACUCGCGCUCGAGGAACUAUUGUCAACAUCGCAAUCUGGGAGAAAGCCUGCUCGAUUGUACCGAACGACUUGACCUUCAAGGAGAGGAAGUAUAUGGGAGUUGCAACAUAUCAGAUUGGCGAUUUCGAGGAAGUGAUUAAUGCGAUAUCGUCGGGUAGCAUGAAGCCGCAUGACAUGAUUACGCAGAAGAUAGAGCUGACGGAGGUGGAAGAGAAAGGAUUCAAGUCGUUGAUCAAUGACAAGGACAAUCAAGUCAAGAUUCUGGUGAAAGUGGGAGGGGAAGAUUGA